AUGGCCUCCCGUCCCGUCGUCCAGGUUCGUGCCCUUGAGGGCGAGUCGUCGAGCACUCUCCCGCUCCCGGCCGUCUUCACCGCCCCCAUCCGUUCCGACGUCGUCGCUCAGAUCCACAAGAGCGUUGCCAAGAAUCGCAGGCAGCCUUACGCCGUUGCUGAGAACGCUGGACACCAGACCUCGGCUGAGUCUUGGGGAACCGGUCGCGCGGUCGCUCGUAUCCCGCGUGUCGGAGGUGGAGGAACGCACCGCUCGGGUCAGGCCGCUUUCGGUAACAUGUGCCGCGGCGGUCGCAUGUUCGCCCCGACCAAGAUCUGGCGUAAGUGGCACAUCAAAGUUGCGGUUAACCAGCGCCGUUUCGCCACCGUCUCCGCCGUCGCUGCCACGGCCCUCCCCUCGCUCGUCCUCGCCCGCGGACACCGCAUCGAGGGUGUCGCCGAGAUCCCCCUCGUCGUUGCCGACAACGUCGAGUCGAUCAAGAAGACCAAGGAGGCUGUCGCCGCUCUCCAGACCCUCCAGGCCCACGCCGACGUCGCCAAGGUUAUCGCCUCGAAGAAGGUUCGUGCCGGCCGCGGCAAGUCGCGCAACCGCCGCUUCCGCCAGCGCCGUGGUCCCCUCGUCGUCUACAACGAGGACAACGGCAUCGUCAAGGCGUUCCGCAACAUCCCCGGAGUCGAGACCGCCAACGUUCGCUCGCUCAACCUCCUCCAGCUCGCCCCCGGUGGACACCUCGGUCGAUUCGUCAUCUGGACCGCUGGCGCCUUUGCCAAGCUCGACGAGGUCUACGGCACGUACGAGAAGGGCUCGGCCCUCAAGUCGGGCUACACCCUCCCGAUCAACAAGGUCACCAACACCGACAUCUCGGCCGUCAUCAACUCCGCUGAGGUCCAGGCCGUCGUUCGCGAGGCCGGCCCUUCGCGCACCAAGAAGACCUCGGGCCAGAAGAAGAACCCCCUCAAGAACGCUGCCAUCCUCGCCCGCUUGAACCCCUACGCCGCCUCGGCCAAGCGCAUCGCUGCUGCCGCUGAGAAGCGCGCCGCUGCCGGUGGCAAGAAGCAGGGCCACGCCCAGAAGCAGGUCAAGGCUUCCAAGGGCUUCAAGGAGACCCUCCUCUCGGCCUAG